AUGGUUACAAGGCUUCGUGAUGGCAUUCUGAAAGAAAAGAAUAUUCACAGCAUGGUUACCACUAAACACCCAUUACCACAGGCCUUUGCGUCUCUUCUCCACACUACAGACAUUGAGCUAACAUGUUAUACUAAUGCAGCUCACUCUCCUGAGUGGUGUCAGGCAAUGACUGAUGAAUUUAAUGCUCUUUUAAAGAAAGGUACAUGGUCUUUGGUUCCACUUUCUUCUUCUCACACUCCUGUUGGUUGUAAAUGGGUUUUUAAAAUUAAACGUCACUCUGAUGGUCGCAUUGAACAUUAUAAAGCUCACUUGGUUGCUAAAGAAUUUCAUCAACAACUUGGUCUCGAUUAUGAUGAGACGUUGAGCCCAGUGGUUAAGCCUACGACAAUUCGUACAGUUGUGAUACCUCUCGGAUCCGAGAUACGGGUUGGUGGCUGGGUGGUGGUUAGUUGGCAUGCAGGGGUGGUUGCAUGCUUGGGUUGGCCUGGAUGGAGAGAUGCCGAGAGGUUGAGAGAGGUUGAGUGCUCGGGUGGUGAGUGA